GACCUAAGUUAGCCAGGUUCAUUCAUUUUAAUGGGCCGUCUCUGAGGGUAACUGAUGUUGGAUACAGCCCGAUAAUAACCCUGCUUAAAUUAACAUUUUAAUGGGGGUGGGGUUUUUGUGGGUGGGGCUUAUUUAAAUUGUUUCUAAAUGUACUGUAUGUUAAUUUUGGAUUUUUGGAUUUCAUUUCAUUUCACUUUUAAUUUGUUUCCCACCUUUCUGAAGAAACGACAAAAGUUUGUGGACCUUAUAACAGUCUGAUCCAAUCCAAUAUUAUGACAUACAAAAGUUACAAAUAAAGCCUUGGCAUACCUUCUUUUGCAUGUCAUGCAUCUAUCUCUAUAUUGGUUUCACUUUUUAAGUUGCAUUACUGAAAUAAAUGCACUUUUCAACGAUAUUCUAAUUUUGCGGGUUUCACCUGUAGUAGUGCACAAUGAAAUUUAAAUAUCAGCAAAUAAGAAUUAAGCACAAAUUCACUCUUGACCAUUACAAUAAACGGUUUCUAAACUAUAAUCAAUAACAAUAACAGCAAGUCACAGUGCACAAAAUAACACAAUACAAAUUGAGAAGCAAAGACACAAGAUUUAUAAUAAAUAAAUAUAUAUUUUUUAAUAUCCCUGAACUCCUCUCUUCCCAGCUGCUUCUGCAUGGUCUGGGGAAGACUCCACCUAGGUCUGGAGGGUGGGCCAGGGCUGGUAGAAAAAGCCAUUGCCUGAUGGCCAGCAAAAAAUGCCGAAGGAAAGCUAAGAAUGAAUGGGGGCAACUGAUAGAUGUGGAUGGAGCACAGAAUGCUUAACUGGCUCUUGGGGCAGGGAAAGAAACCAGGGGGGAGAAGCAGGAAAAAGGAAUGAAGCACCUGGCUACAACAUUUUGUUGCAGCAUUCCCCUUUACAGCUAUUUCCCACUGCUGCUGUUAUUGUGGCGUUUCUCUCUCAUUCUCAUCCUCUUAUGGUUCUUCCCUGGAAGCAGCCGAAAGACCACUCUGAAGAAAGAUGCUGACUAUAGGGGACUUGCCUGAACAUGUCCUGCUGGAGGUGCUAGCCUGGGUACCAGCAAGGAACCUGCUUUGCAACUGCCGGCUGGUUUGCUCCAAGUGGCGACGCCUGGUGGACAACCCUGAGCUGUGGAAGAUCAAGUUCCAGCGAAAGAGUGGACCUGAGACCCAGGAGUCGAAGGCCUUCUUCAUUUACUCCCACAGGGAGAAGAACUUAAUCAAGAAUCCUUGCGGCAAAGAGGGCCUGGACUCCUGGGCAAUGAGGGUCCCUUCUGAGGGCCACUGGAAAACCGAGGAGCUGUCCGAGGAGGAUAUGGCAGCCCUCCCUGUGGAAAGUUUCCUCCAGAGGAAUUCCUACGCAAAAAAGAAAGACUCCUCCCCACAGUGGGUCAACAAAUGCUUUGCUGCAUGUGACGGGCUCUGCGGCAAGGCUCAGCUCAUCAUUCUGAAGGACGUUGGGUACUGGGACGAGCUGAUCGAUGAAGCCAGACCUAACAUCGCCGUGAAUGAAUGCUAUUAUUGUCCCCCUGGCAGCCGCUAUCAACUUAGCGUGAAGCUGUUGGCCGCAGACUUUCAGCUCCUCCAGAUCUUCCAUUCAGAAGGGCACGGUUCGGAAGCUCCACGCUGGCGACGGAUUUCGCAUAGGUUUAUCGAAUGCCAGGCUGGACUCCGCUACAUCCUGUUUGAACACCUGGCUGUAAACGGGAAUGGCCAGCCGCCCGGGAACAGCGUGAGAGUCACCAGGAGCGGCAUCACUCUUGGGCCAUUUAAUUGGGACGAAGACUUCAUCGAGCCCUUUCCUGACUCAGAUGAUGAAGACGCCGCGAGUGGCAGCGGGUGCAACUGAUGAGUACUCCGGGACACCUUUCAAGCUUCUAGUCCCUAACUUUGAGGUGAUGAACUGCAGCCCUGGGACCAGAUGCUGGUCCCAUCUGGCCCUCGGGGUUCUCCUCUCACUGGCCCUGCUCUGCCUGCUUCCUUGAGUGCCUUUGCCUGGCAGAAUGUGUCCCUGAGCUGUAAUAAAGCCUCUAGCUUGCCUGGAUGGAGAAACCUACAUAUACAAACCUCUGGAUUGUGCAUGGUUUGGAUGAAGCCUUCUGUUGCGCCACCCAUGUUUUGCCUCAAGCCGCAUCUACUGCUGGUUUGUGGCCCCUGGAAAGUUGUCCUGGAGGGAAUGAGGACCCCUGCUUUCUCCCUAAAUCGAAGGCCUGAUUACUGCAUUUCCCAAUGAAGACAUGGGGAGAGUUGCUCUUGUGCUCAGGACCUGCUCAGGGGCUUCCAGUAAUGGACUGGUAACUGAGGUGACCAGAUUUUUUCAAUGAAUCCAGGGACACACUUCAACUUCAAUGGAUUUUGGGGACUUGAUUUGUAAAUCUAGGAACUCUCCCUGGGAAACGGGGACAUCUGGUAACCUUACUCCAGACUUUAACUGCUAUGUGACCAGCCAGCCCAAACUCCCAGGGUGACCUUUAUAGGUGUGUGCAGAUUAAGAGAUCAAAGGCGGCUGCUCCACCUGCAUGGAAAACACUAUGAAACUGAAACUGAUUGCUCUUAUUUAGGGCCCAUAAAGGAGGGUUUCAUUCCACCCUGCAUGCCGUCCUCCUUUUCCGCAACCAAAGAUGACUAGCUCCAGGAGUCAUGCUUCUGCGGAUCCUAAAUCCGACAGAGCCCAACUACAAGGAAAGGAGCGAUUAGACGGGUUUACGGCCAGAUUUACUGCCUCCCUCGGCUUCCCUUUUAAAUCCUGCGUGUUGACAGGUUAAUAUCUUUCUUUACAAGCUGCUGCAAGGCAUAGAUGGAGCUGGGUGGAGGAAGCACAGAGAGAAAGGUGGCAAUGCAUAUGUGGAGUGUGUGUGUGUAAGGCUGUCACCAAGCAGCUCUCAUUGAAGCUGUAACGUUGCAUCACAAUCCUGGCUUUGGAAUGCAGUCAGAAUGCAGGGGAAGUUCUAGGGUAGGGGAUCCCAAAGUGGGCAGCAGGAUUCUUAGGGGCCAAGAGGCAAGAGGGAAUCACUGGUGCGAUGGAGGGGUCAAUGUCUAUCAGACUCUAAAAAGCCCCGAUCACUGGAUCAAGUUCAACAGCUUAGUUGAGUUCAUUAAACUAAAUAGUUUUAGCUGGCUUUGGAAUAAAUAUGCCAUUCGUGGUUACUGUUUUGGA